AUGACUGGAGGAAGAGUAGCUUUGGAAAGACACGUCAGCCAAUCGGUUUGCGAGGGUGGAGCGCACGGCUGCCAGGACUCCGCCCCGCGCGCGCGCGUCCCCGGCACUGGCGUCGUAGUUGUCGUCGUCCCGGUCCUCGUUGUCCACGCCAGCUCUCGGCCGUCCGCCGGGCGCCACCGGCCCUCUACACCCGCGCCCUCGCGGGCCCCUCCGCCCGCAGCCCUGGCGCUCCCCGCUGGCCCCGCCGAGGCCGCCUGUGCCCUGUGCCAGCGCGCGCCCCGGGAGCCAGUGCGCGCCGACUGCGGCCACCGCUUCUGCCGGGCGUGCGUGGUGCGCUUCUGGGCCGAGGAAGACGGGCCCUUCCCGUGCCCCGAGUGCACCGACGACUGCUGGCAGCGGGCAGUGGAGCCCAGCCGCCCUCCGCUCAGCCGCCGCCUGCUGGCGCUCGAGGAGGCGGCUGCGGCGCCCGCGCGUGACGGGCCAGCCAGCGAGGCCGCGCUGCAGCUGCUGUGCCGUGCGGACGCCGGGCCGCUGUGCGCCGCCUGCCGCAUGGCCUCUGGCCCCGAGCCGCCGGAGUGGGAGCCGCGUUGGAGGAAGGCCCUGCGUGGCAAGGAGAACAAGGGAUCUGUGGAAAUCAUGAAAAAAGACUUGAAUGAUGCCCGGGACCUACAUGGCCAGGCAGAGUCAGCGGCUGCUGUGUGGAAGGGACAUGUGAUGGACCGCAGGAAGAAGGCCCUGACUGACUACAAGAAGCUUCGGGCCUUCUUUGCUGAAGAGGAGGAGUACUUCCUGCAGGAGGCUGCGAAAGAGGAGGGGCUCCCAGAGGAUGAGCUGGCCGACCCUGCUGAGCGGUUCGGGUCCCUGCUUCAGGCGGUGUCGGAGUUGGAGAGGAAGCACCGCAACCUGGGCCUGAGCAUGCUGCUGCAGUGAUGGCGCAGACCCUGCAGGGUCCCCUGGAGCCCAAGGCAGAGGGGACGAUCCUCACCUCCGCGGGAACCGUUAGCUGUAGACUGGAGAGGCAUCUCCAGUGCCCCCCCGCCCCUGUUGUUCUGGAUCAUUACAUGUUUCAACACAGUGUUCCUUUUCCCGUCUCCUUGAGGCAUGGAUGUUUCUGGGGCUGAAGAAAUUUCCACUAGUGGAUAGUCACUCCCCUACCUGUAUCUGGGCCCUGAGGCCUAUACCUUCCUCCCAUGUCACCUAAUGGCCUCAGUGCCUAUACAUGGGGACCUUGCUUUGGUGUCAAGGGACCCAAACGCCACACCCUGAAAACAUGCCCUGGAGGGAGCUCUUCCUCAGCCACGCAUCCCCAGGCAGAGCCCUGAGGAACACUAGUGGGGGUCCCUUUGGGGGUUAGUGUCCAAGAGAGGGAGUCACAGGGCCCUGGGAUAUACUUGCAACCCAACUCCUCAGGGAAGAGAAAGAAAAUGCAGCACACUUGCUGCCCCCUGGACAGAGGAUCCCUCCAGCCCUUGGGGUGGGUAUGGGUCUACACAGCUGCCCCAAAACCCUCUUUGCGCUCCAUCCUUCUUCUCUUGCAGGGUCCCCCUUUCCUGCAGGGGUCCCCAGGCCCUGCCAUGGGAUUUCAUCUAGUUGUACUUAGGCUUGUUCUUUGUAUUUCCUCUGGUAGAUGAAUCUUAUACAAAACUCGUGACGUAGCAGUAGCACAGUUGCCUGCAGCAUCUUCAUGUGUAGAUUAAUUAGUCCAGUUCACAAAAACUCAGCACAGGGUAGACAGAAACACAGGUCGGGGAAUAUAGAUGUGGGCAGACAUUUAGAUUUGGGCGUGUUCGGGGACAACUGGGACACAGGUUUCUCAGCCCUUGGGUUUCCCAGCCCUCAGAAGUCCCUAGCCUUGGUGCAAUAGCUGUGAGCCUGAGCUGCCUGGCAUGUGGGCUAGGCUCUCAAUGCCAAAUAAAGUGGGUUUGCUACAGCCUA